AGAAGUGUUGCGGCGGGCAAACCACAAAAGAGUGUGUGAGUGGUUCCGGGGAUUAGAAACAGAGGACAUAGUAGGAGGGAAGGUAUGAGGGUACUGCUCAUGAAACCGCUGUCCUCCUUGAUGCUCAUCUUCCUCUUCUUGGGGACUGCCUUCAUCGCUCUCAUCUGGUAUGUGCUCAGUGACAGCAAUGUUGGAUCUCACCCUCCUUACCACCACGCCCAAAAGAGCAUUCCUUCUGACUCAUCUGAACUAUGUAAAGACUACAGGGACAAUACCAUUGACGAAGUUUGCAACAACAUCACUGAAGAGGUUGUGAAGCGCUACUCUCACCGCUGGAUCAAGCAAGAGAACAUUCCAAAAGAAUUCAGAUCUCUGCUGAGAAGCACAUGCCAUGGUUUCAAUAAAUCCAUCAUCACACAGGCCAACACUCCACUGGGGUCAACGGUUGUGUAUGACGGGGAAAAGAGAAAACCCUUCAUAGUGACCCAGAAACUCUUCAGCGUCUUUGCAAAGGAUCCGUUUUUAAAUGAAACACGGGACACAUGUGCUGUUGUUGGGAAUGGAGGUAUACUGACUAACAGCAGCUGUGGAGAAAAGAUAAAUUCUGCCCAGUUUGUUAUCAGAUGCAACUUAGCCCCUGUAGAAAAUGACUAUGAGAGAGAUGUAGGUAAAAGGUCUAACCUUGUGACAAUAAAUCCAAGCAUCUUCUUCCAGAGGUUUGGGAGUCUGCUGGAGCGCCGCCGUCCCUUUGUGGAGAAACUACAUAGCUAUGGGGACUCUUUGAUACUCCUGCCGGCCUUCUCCUAUGGUCUUAAUACAGCUGUAUCCCUCCGAGCUCUGUACACCAUCCAGGACUUUGAAAGCCCCACAAAGCCUGUCUUCCUCAACCCAGAGUAUGUCCAGAGUCUGGCCCGCUUUUGGCGCUCUCAGGGCCUUAAAGCAGUUCGGCUCAGCACAGGCUUUAUAAUGGUUAGCCUGGCACUAGAGCUCUGUACCAAUGUAGAGCUGUAUGGGUUCUGGCCCUUCAACGAGCACCCACAUGGACACCAGCCCCUUACCAACCAUUACUAUGAUGACAUGCAGAGUAAAAAGAAUGUUCAUGCCAUACCUGCUGAGUUUGAACAUUUGCUGAGGCUGCACAGCCAGGGUGUGCUCACAAUGCAUCUAGGAGAAUGCCCGACAACCACCAGGUGUUGCUGAAGAAGUGGGUAAACUAAUCCUCCAUCUGUAUAUGUGAUGUAAGACACUAAGCCCUGAAAGGUCCUUAUCCUGGUUGCUAAAGAAGAGGAAGGCCCACCUGUAUGAGUCCCUCCUCCAUGAUGAUGAUGUCCAGGAUUCUGACCCUCAUAUUUCUUAAAUAUUAAUUAUAUUAUCAGUUUAUUUUAUUGCUUCAUAUCUAGAAUAAUUAGCUUGAUAGUCAGUAUGACCAGUUUUUGAUUACAUUAAUUUAUCUGAAUUGUUUGUGUUAUGUCUGCACAUAUCGACAGUGCUGCAUUUGAUUUGGUGCUGUGCUAUUGUGCUGGGAUCGAUUGGUGAUGCCUGCGGGCUCUGGGUUGUUUUAUCGGGUCUGCCUGUGAUGCUGU